CAGGAGACGGCCGAAAGCAGAACCACACCAAACCAGAAGGAGCCGCACUGAUGUUCAGGUUCAGUAUCACGGCCUGGGGAGCUUCCGGCAGCAGCUGAUUUGGGAGCGGAAGCUGAAGCGAAACGCCUCUCCGGCACACGGACGGCUCACCCUUGUAGAGGUCCGCCGGCGCCUGGCAGAUGCUUCAUGAGGAAAACCGUGUCACAACAAACGAACGCUCAAGUUCCUCCUCCGCAGAUGUACUGCAAACCUCGGUGGAGCCAAACUCCUGGUAUAUGCCUCCUUGCAAGACCAGCUGGAGAACAUUCUUAGGCCAUGCACCCUUGUUUCUACAUAGAAGUGAUUUCGGGGGUCCUGGCCAGCGCAAAGGUGCCGGACCCCGCCAACGUCCACUACCCAUCCUGUGACUCCACGGAGGCAGAGGAGGCCGCCAUCUUAGCCCAGGACUACAUCAACGCCCACCACACCCGGGGCUACAAGUAUGCCCUCAACCAGAUUGACGAAUUCAAAAUCAUCGAUAAGCCCGAUGGCCAGAAAACCUAUUUGAUGGAGCUGGAUCUGCUUGAUACCACGUGCCACGUCCUGAACCCAACACCCGUGGCCAACUGCACCGUCAGGCCAAAGUAUGAAACGAACAUCGAAGCAGACUGUGAUGUGGUGUUGAACUGGGACAAAGGAGUGCUAACAGUUCAAGCCUUCAAGUGCAAGUCCAAGCCAGAGUCACGUGAAUUCCCAUGUGGGGGUUGCGUUGAGCUUUUGCCCCUUAAUGACACUUCUGGUCUGGAGCUUGUCAAGGUUUCAGUGGCUGCUGUCAACGAUAAAUCAACACUUCCUCCUGAAAGAGCCUACUUUGACCUGCUGGAAGUAGGAAGGUUGUCCUCACAGAUCGUAGGAGGCGGGCCAAAGAUUUUGGCUGAGUUUGUUGUUGUUGAGACCAACUGCACUAUCAGCGAUCAUGACGACAGCUGUGCCCACGGCGAUCACGCGACUGCUAGCAAAAUAUUCUGCACAUCUGUGCAGCUCCCCAAUGAAGCUGCCACCGUCGAGUGCAAAGACAUCGUGACUGCAGAUGUGGCCGGCCUUCCGCAACACCAUCACCACCACGAUCACCAGCCCCACCUCAAGCACCACAAGAUGAUAGCCCUGCACGACCCCCACAACACCAGCCUGCUGUCAGAGUCCGGGGAGUCGGCUGAGGUGCCAAAAGUGAGGCGUGAGGCCGUAUUAAUGCUGCCGCUCUUCCCUGCGGCCACCCGCGGUCCAGCGCCCGUCUGCCCCGGAAAAGUCCGCUUUUUCUGAGACGCUUCCUCUACAGACAGUUUUCUCCCAGUUUCCGUAGUCGAUGACCCUGAUUGUGCUGAAGUACAAAUCGUAAACAAAUAUAGCAGCUACCUGAGAGACAAGAUGCAUCACGAUUCAUUAAUGAUGCU